GGGGGGGGGGAAACAAAACUUUUAGGACAGUUAUCAUGGAGGCAGUGACAACUGCGGCGUUUCUACACCUUUGUUUGUGCGCCACAGCGGCGGUUUCGGAUAUCGGCUCCACGGAAACGCUCGUGCUGUCUGCACCGGGCGACAUCGCGACACUUCCGUGUUACACGGACAGCGACGUUCCACCGACUCUCACGACGUGGGCGAAGAACGGACGUGAGGUCGCGAGAGGCGACGCCUCUUCGCCGAGCCCUCCGUCCGCCGGACGGCGUGUCGCGGUGACGACCGACGGCGGCCUGAGCAUCGGGACGGUGGCGCGCGGGGACGAGGGCGCCUACCUGUGCAGCUCCACGCUGCCGGGCAACAACACCUUUCACGCACGCGUCUCGCUGCAAGUGGCCAGUGGUCCAGAAAAUGUAUCCGCGUCCAUCGGCCCAGCGACCGCCCUGGCCAACGGGACGCUCGUCGUCUUUCGGGGUUCGAGCGUCUCCUUCAACUGCUCCGGCGCCUCCUACCCGGCUCAGCGGCUGACCUGGGCGACGCCCGGCAACGAGUCGCUGGCUUCGACCUCCGGGUCCUGGCUGGACUUCAGGAUGGAACGCGUUCAGCCCAGCGCUCAGGGACUUUACAGCUGCAGGGCCCGCAACCCCGUCUCCGGUCGGGAGGUCAAUACGAGCUCACAGCUGCUGGUGUACUACGUCCCAGACCGACACCCUGAGUGCACGUGGGCACCGGCACAGGACCCCUCCCACGCCCAGUUCAACUGCACCUGGUUUGGAGCGUAUCCCACCCCGACGCUGCGCUGGGGGGAGGACGAGGGGAACCGAGGAGCUCGCCGGAACGGAAGCGUUUACGCAUCGGGCUCGACGGAGAGCCUGUCGGUGACGCUGGACCGCUCGAUGCUGUCGGACGGGCAGACGCUGAGGUGCGCCGCCCAGCACCUGGCGCUCGCCGCGGUGCCGGGGGCGUCGUGUUCGUUUACCCUCAGAUCUCCGUACCCUGAAGGCGAGCCGCUGGUCACGGCGCUGGAGGCGACCGACGUGACGCUAACGUGCACCGAAGCCGUGUCCCUCCCCCCCGCGAACACCACGUGGAGAAGAGGGCUCCGGCAGGAGGCCGUCGUUCCCGGGUGGAAGUACGUCGUGUCGGAGGAAGGCCCCGUCCUCGAGCUGAAAAUACUCAACAUCAGCAAGGACGACGAGGGCGUCUACUUCUGCCGCAGCGAGAACGCGCUCGCCGUCCGCGAGCUGGAGGUCUACCUCACGGUGAAGACCUCCUCGACGUACACGGGAGCGAUCCUCGGGGUCUUCAUCGCCGCGCUGAUCGUGGGAUCGGCCGCCAUCGUAGCCAAAACCCUUUACUUCAACCGGCAUCGAUUCUGCCUGGGUGAUGGCUUUGGGCUAAUGGAGGAGGACAGGGGAGACGUGCUGAGUCUGGUGGAGUCGGACGACGAUCAGGUCUUUCAAGACGCCGUUCCCCGUCUCGCCCCGUUAGCCAACGGACUCCAGACGACGCUCGUCCAGAUGCAUCGGAUCCCAUCGAGUGAUCACGAGGAUGCGGAGCCGGCGGACACAAGCCUGCAGCAGCAGGAGGACACAAGCCUGCAGCAGCAGGAGGACACUGCACUGACAGAGGAGCCACAGGAUCUUGUAACAUUUUAGGUUUCGGGUGUUUUUUUGUUUUUUUUUAAGAGACGUGUUUUAACUUCAGUGAAUACCAUUUAGUCCCAAUGACAAUGUGAACAGAAUCGGUGGAAGACGCAUUUAAAAAGAAAAGGGAAAUCAUCUCUUCUAAUUUUUAAACCAGGGCUUAUUUUUGUAUUUUUUUUCGUAAAAAAAGCAUAUUUCUAUGAUUUUGUUUGUACAGCGUUGUGAAAUGUGUUGCUCUGAUAUUGAGACGUGUGCAGUAAAUUUUAAGCUGUGACGUGACACUACCUAUUCGUGCUUACUCCCCCACCCCGCCCGGGGUUGUACGUGUUAUGCGCAUCAUUUAGAGGUGAACUAUGACGAUCCCAGUCCAAAAUGCAGCUCCAGGCUUAAAAAAAUGUAGUGGAGUGAGUUUGCUCGUCAUCUUAUUGGCGUAGGAUGUAAUGGAGGGUUUUCUCACCGUCCGGAAAACCACUUGAAUCCAGCCAGGUCGACAUGAGCAAUAGUGAGCGUGAAAUAUUUCUUUGUUUUUUUUUACUCAGUAUGUGAGUAUCGGUACUAUAAACAAUAUUUUUAGAUGAUUUUGUUCUGUGUAAAUAUUUAGACUACGAUCUAAAAGUGAAAUCAAUGACAAUCUGCAUAUAAAAAAUGUAGUCAUGCACUCAGCUAGCACAGUAUAAGACUGUAACCUCUUGAAUUGCAAAUGUUCCUUUUUUUUAAAUAUUCCCUUUUUUUUUUAUAAAUAAAAAGGUUUUUUCAAGUCU